AGAGCUGCACUUGUGAGAGGGAGACGGAGCUACAUGGGAACCUAUUAGAUAACCAAUUCUCCUGUCGGCCGCCUCACAGGGGAAGAGAGCGAGCGAGAGAGGGAGAGAGUGUACCUACGAUGGUGGACACACAGGGAUUCCAUUCAAACCCAGCCCUGCAAGUGACAGACAUGGCGUAUAGGAAAGUGCGCGCUGGCCACGGUUCUCUCCGUGUGCGAGAUCUGGAGAGUGAGGAGCUUCACACGGCUUCCCUGGAACUGGAAUGGGACAUGGAGAAGGAGCUGGAGGAACCGGGUCUGGACCGCUUCCAGCUGGAGUGUGUGGAGCAUCAACCUGUGAGCAGCUCUUCCGGCGGGGGCAUGGACCCAGACCUGGAACCAAUUCAACCCUCCGUCUCCCCCCACGGACGAUUCGAGCGUCUCCAGGAGGACCCUAAUUACGUUUCUCGUUUCAGCCGGUCGGUACCCAAGGGCCAGAGACGGAAUGGGACCUGCCUUGCCAAAUACUUGCUAGCGGGGGUGGGAGUGUUUGCUCUGGGCCUGCUCAUUGGACGAUAUGCCUUCAGCAAGGAGCAAGUGAAGGUAGAGCCAAGUGCAGACACAGACGUGCUGGAGAAGAUUGUUCAGGGAGUCACAGCGGAGAAGAUACAAGCACUGCAAAGGGACUUUGACAGCUUGUCUGAUCUCACAGAAGAGGCCAAAGUCAGAUACAUUGCUCAACGCUGGGAGGAGCUCGGCUUAAAAGACGUCCAGGUGACCAAUCACACGGCUCUGCUGAGCUAUCCUGGACCCGCCCUCAGCACGAUUGUCGAUAAGAGUGGAAACCAGUGUUACCUGCCCAGCGGAGCGAGGUGUGACCAGCCAUUCGCAUCCUCGACUGAACCCUUUGCCUUUGCAGCCUAUUCGGCUGUGGGAAAUCUAGUGGCAGAAGUGGUGGAUGUUCAAUAUGGGAGCCCAGAAGAUUUGAGACGAGUCCAAGCUAGUGUAAAUGUGACCAAUAAAAUAGCACUGCUGAAACUUGGACAAUCGCCUUUGCUUUACAAGCUUUCUCUCCUGUCUGAGGUGGGGUUUGGUGGUUCUCUUCUCUAUGUGGAUCCAUGUGAUGCCCCAUUUGGAAAUAAGACCUUUGGGGUGACCCUGAAUCCAGGUGGGAACCCGUUUUCUCAAGAAAGCACCGGUAGUUCUGGAAGAGCCAGUCAUCACAACCUGACGCCAUUGCUGGUUCAGCCCAUCUCUGCCUCCUUAGCGAAAAUGCUGCUCUCUGCCCCUGCCAUGGGGCAGGGAAGACCCUGCGUCCCCAUGGCCAUGCCCUUAGCCUCAGCAAGAAAAAUCAUAAAUCUCACCAUUGAAAACCAGGCAUCCUUCAAGACGGUGCACAACGUUAUUGGAUAUCUCAAAGGCAAGACCAAUCCAGAUCGAUAUGUACUGGUUGGCAGUCGUCAUGGCAGCUGGUACGAGGGUGCGUUGGCGGACUGGGGGAACGGCUCUGCAGUCAUGACUCAGAUCAUCGCCUCCAUGACGGCUCAAACCCGUGCAGGCUGGCAGCCCGACCGCACCAUCGUCUUCUGCUCCUGGGGGGGAACCUCAUUGGGCAACAUCGGCUCCUUUGAGUGGGGGAAGGAGAAUGCAGUGGUUCUUCAGAGCAGGGCAGUGGCUUAUGUCAGCCUGCACAGUCCUGUCAGAGCCCCUGGAUCCCUGCAGGCCACAGUGUCACCUUCCCUUCAGCAACUGGCAGCUGAAACCCAAAAGAGACAUUCGAUGAGCUGCAGUAGAGGAGGUGGUUGUCCUGGUCCGAAUGUCAGCUCACUGCAGACACCUGGAGAUUUGAGCUUUUUCUCCAAUCAGCUUGCUAUCCCCACAGUGGAAUUCACAUAUUCAGAGUUUCCUAAAACAGAGAGAGCGUUUUUUCUCUCUGAGGCCUUUUUCCCUCCUGAGUCUUCAUUAAGAGAGACCUUGGAUCCAGCCUUCAAACUCCAUGAGACUAUUGCCAAGAUCACAGCCGAGGCCAUCCUGCGCCUCGCUACAGAUCCUGUUCUUCCAUUUUACCCUUUGGAUAUCGCUCUGGACGUUCAAAACAAACUCAAAGAUGACCCACUGAGGCGGCUGGACCUGCUGAGUGUGGCUGCAUCUUUGAGGGACAACUCAGCCUUCUUUCAAUCUGAGGUCAUGCGUCCUGCCAAUGACCCCAAAGAGAGAGAUCCCGCCCACGUACGCAUGCUCAACGAUGUCCUUCGAGAUCUUGAAAAAAGCUUUCUUAUCCCAAACCCACCUCCCGGCUUUUACAGGAACAUUCUCUAUUGCUUGAGCAGACAAACUCCACGCUUCUCUAUCCUAAAGGACGCCCUGGACGUCCCCUGGCACAACAGCGUCAACCAGUCCCUGUCUCUGGUGUCCAGCGCCAUCAGUUCAGCCGACAAACUCAUACAAAGUGGACUCGACCUGUUCGAGAAUGAAAACGACAUCCCGCAAUGACAUCUUGGAAAGAGACCACACCUCAAGGUGUCACAAUACGACACAAAUCCUGAGAUCUUUGGGUCAGCACAGAAGUUUCAAAGAGAUCUGAAGACGCUUUGACAAAUAGAGGGUAUCGUUAUUAAGUGCACUAUUAACCUGAGGUUCACCAGAGGAAUUUCUUCAGGUCAAUACUAAGUUAUUGUUUUUGUUCCUCUAAUGACGGUCAAAAAUGGUUCUAGGAAGAUUAAUGAGAAAAGAGUCAGGGAGCUCGCAGGGUCGAGACUUUUUGUUCUGGGGAAAAACACCAGCAGGUUUUAUCACUUACAUUUCUAGUCACAUAAACCCAAGAGGACGUCUGCAAGUCGGAACUCAAAACAGCUUGAUGUUUUUGGAAUAUCUUUCAUUUGCUUAAAUAUACUUAGACUAGUCCAACAUUUUACAGUUGACAAGCAAUGACCUUUGUAAAAAAGGGAAGUGCUGUGACUCAAAAUCAACAUGGAGUCAUACUUCAUAAUCCAAAACGUACUGAUACUGUAGAUACUGUCUGAUUGAAAAGAGAAAGCUGAAAGGAAGCAUCAGCGGCAUGUGCUACUGUGAUAGUCUCUCAGGGGUGUUUGUCUCAGAAUCUGUAGAAAAAUAGGAACAAAGUAAUUUGUUCCAAUUUUUAUUUUAUUUCUUUUUCUGUACAGGUAAACCAAUUAAAGUUCAACAAAGAGAGCUCGAGUCAAUAAAACAAUAAUUCAGGGUAUUGAUUGUUCUGAUAUUAGAAAACCAUUCAGGCAAUACAGCUGUGCUAUAGUUUGUAAAGUAAUAAUAGUUUAGUGAAUGAAAGUAGUCAUAGAUCAGGUUUGGGAUUCUAGCUAAUCUAGGCCGAACCGAGGCAUGUCUUUAUGAGGGCUGAGUUGAGGUUGCAAUUUGAUUGGGUGACAUUCCACCAAUAAGGAGCCAGGAUGGCAAAUAUAUAAGCUAGACAAACAGUGCAGGUGUCCGAUGUCAUAAUGGACUGUGUUAUGGUCAUGUCUUUUAUAUUGUGGAGGCCAGUGUAUUUGUUCUCAGCAUUUGCACUAAUGUUGUUGUUUCUCUGGUAACUGUUUUGGGGGGAAUUAAGGGUUUUGAGAACAACUAAUAACUUCCCUUUUACUUUAGAUGCUUAACUUGCCUUUUAAAGUAGUAGUUCACCCAAAAAUGAAAAAUUUACUCACCCUCAGGCCAUUCAAGAUGUAGAUAAGUUUGUUUGUUUGGAUCCAUUGGAUCCUUUGCAGCGAAUGGGGGCCGUCAGAAUGAGAGUCCAAACAGCUGAUAAAAACAUCACAAUAAUCCACAAGUAAUUCCCAUACUGCAUGUUUGUCAUAAAUCCAUCAAGAUGUUUUCAAACUUCCAACUUCAAAUGGAAGCAAGAUUAUGAAGUUAAAAACAUCUUUAAAAAUUGAUUUAUUUUGCUUCACAAGACAUUAAUUGAUGGACUGGAGUCAUGUGGAUUAUUGUGAUAUUUUUAUCAGCUGGACUCUCAUUCUGACGGCACCCAUUCACCACAGAGAAUCCGUUGGCGAGCAAGUGAUGUAAUGCUACAUUUCUCCAAAUGUCCUGAAUAUAAAACACACUCAUUAAUAUAUUGGAUGGCCUGAGGGUAGGGCUGGGCGAUAUGGGCAAAAAAAUAUCACAAUAAUUUUUUGGCAUAUCAGACGAUAUCAAUAAUUAUCACGAUAAAUGUCAAAUCUUUAUUUCUUUCAAGUUUAAAGUCAGAUUUUUGCUCCAAAGUGAAAGCUGUAAAAACCAGACCAUUCAUUUUCCUUAACAAAAUAAAUAGAAAAAUAAUUUCUGCAUGUUUUAAUGAGUUAUAUUGUUUCAAAUCAGGAAACAGGUUUGGGUUGUCUGAUGAUAAUAAUAAUAAUAAUAAUAAUAAUAAUAAUAAUAAUAAUAUCACUUUUUUGUCUCCUAGAAAUGCAUAUUUGAUAGUAGCUUGAGGAUGCAGAAGUAAAUUUUUGUUCAUUAUCAAUCAGUAACAUCUGUACAAACUGUAGCAACCUCAGUUUUAUAUGGUUAAAUUUAUUAUUUAUUAUUAUUAUUAUUUUUUUUAUUUUUUUUUUAAUUAAGCAUUGGUCUCCCAUAACAGUAAGCAUACAUUUUAAAUCAUGAUAAACACACACACACAUAUACAUACAUACACACAUAAUGGUACCUAAAUACCAUGGUAAAAAUAUAAAUAUAUGGUUUUAUAGGUAGCCUAUUUGUAUGAAAAACGGUAGUCUAAAAUGCUAUGUUAUAGUUUAAUCCCAAAUACAUAUAUACUAUAAUUAUAAAUGCAUCUUCUCUGGUGACCUCACACAGUGCGGCAGUUUGAACUUUGGUUCGUGGAUUCAAAUGAGUCCCGCUGUUUCAUUCCGCUUUUGGCACAUAAGAAUUAUAUCGAACAUUUAUCGAACUCUUCAUAUCGUUUUAUCGAGGAAAAUAAUAUACUGAUAAUUAUCGUUAUCGAAUUAUCGCCCAGCCCUACCUGAGGGUGAAAAAAUUUCAGCAUAUUUAAAUUUUUUGGUGAACAAUUCCUAAGUAUGAAAAACAGCUCAAUUAGAAACACAAGAUUCAGGGAAUCUAGUUUGACCCAGCUUUAAUUUAUUUACGUGCCUUCUAGUGAGUCACACAUGCUUUUAGAGCAGUAAUUUGCACUCAGAGAUUUAAAUACCAAACAUUUACCAAAAUAUCUUGUACUGUGGUUGUUUUUAUUUAUGUUUCACUUCUCAAGUAACCAUUUAUAAGGACUGUAAAAAUAUUUUUGCUGUUUUCUUUCUGCCUUGUUUCAUAUCUGUUUAGCAAACCCCUGGAACAUAUUUUUAGAGAGCAGCCAUUUAAAACUGUGCAUCAUUUCUGCAGAGUCAGCGUUUCCUUAAUGAUUAUGACAAACCUUUUAAACAGAUCCUGCAUUUGCACAUGGAGAAAUGCUGUGGACCCAUCUACUGCUGGUUUACUACGCUAAACAACCCAGAAGAGUCCAGCUCAUUUGCAUUGCACUAAAACGAACUGUUAAACUGUCAGCCUGCCUGUGUGUGGUAUGUGUGCUAUUGUAUUUAUUUAUUUUAUUUUCUAAAUGAUUAUGUAAAUACGUAUAAUUUAAUCUGGCUUAUUUUUCUGUUGACCCAAGAGAAUUUUCAGGUUCAGUUAUUUUGUGCAUUGCAAUCAUUUGUAUUGUGUAACAUUUGUAUGAAUUUUAUAUCAUGUGAAAUCUCUCCAAAACUGCAGCUGCAAGAUGCAUGAAAUGUUUUCUUGUUUUCUAGAUUAGGAUAAAGACGUUAGACUAGAGUUUAGAUUUGGAAUACUAGGCUAUUCAUUCUAAUUGUUAGAAUAAAGGGUCGGGCAAUAAAAUUGCACAUAUAAUUGUUUCUCAGUGUAAUAUUCCACAACUUAAAAACAACUGCAUUUAUUCAAACAGAAUCAGAAUAAAAGGUACAAAGCUGUGGGACAGUGCCCUGAAGCACAAAAGCUAAAAGAUAUCUUGUUUACACCUAAAUGAUGCAUAUUAGUACCUGAAAGGUACAUUUAGUGGCAUAUUUUUGGGAGUGAAAUACAUUCAUUUUAAAGGGACAGAUCACCCAAAAAGAAAAUUUACCCUAUGAUUUACUUGCC